AUGAAGGAAGAGGCCAUCAUCGACGAAAAGUUGCAGUACGAAGAAGAAAAGAGACACGAUGACCUUGAGCAUCAAGUUGCCCUUGACGAGGAAGAUGACUCUCCCAUCGAAGAAGUUCGCGUCACCGUCUCCAACACCGACGACCCCCAGCAGCCAUACAACACCUUCCGGAUGUGGUUCCUCGGCCUCCUCUUCACCGCUAUCAUCUCCUUCGUCAACCAGUUCUUCUACCUCCGCCAAACAACCAUCUCCCUCAACUACGCCAUCGUUGCCCUCAUCGCCCUCCCCUGCGGUCACUUCCUUGCCCGUGUCCUCCCUACUCGCGAGGUCGACCUUUUUGGAUUCAAGUUCUCGCUCAACCCGGGUCCCUUUUCGAUCAAGGAGCAUGUCUUGAUUGGUACUAUGGCUGCUUGUAAUACAUCUACAGCUUAUGCGGUGGAUAUUGUGCUGAUCCAGAGGCUGUAUUAUCACGAGGAGAAGAGUUUUGUUGCGGGCUUGCUCUUGGUCUUGACUACACAAAUUGCAGGAUUCAGUAUGGCCGGCGCGAUAAGGAGGUUCUUGGUUCGCCCUGCGCACAUGGUCUGGCCUUCCACCUUGGUCACAGCAUCGCUCUUCCGCUCCCUCCACGCAGAAGCAGACCAAGACAACCAUGGCCGCAUGUCCAGAAUGAAGUACUUUGCGAUCGUCUGCGGCGGCAGUUUCGUUUACUACUGGCUCCCAGGUCUGAUCUUCCCAACCAUCGGAUUCAUCUCUUGGAUGUGCUGGAUCAACCCCGACAACAUUAUCCUUGCCCAGUUGACUGGUUCAAACGGUCUGGGAAUCGGAACUAUUGCCCUUGACUGGUCUGCCCUCUCGUACUAUGUCGGUCCUCUGGUUACCCCUUGGUUCGCGCAGGUUAAUAUCUUGGUUGGUUUUGUCCUCGUCACGUACAUCAUGGUCCCUUGGGCGUACUACACCAACCUGUGGGACUCUCAGAACUAUCCCAUCAUCACCGCGACGCUUUUCAAGGAGAAUGGAUCUGAAUACAAUGUCACGGAGGUCCUUGACAAAAGCGGAGUCUUGGAUGAGACCUUGUACACCAACUAUGGCCCCCUUCGUAUGGACUCGUUUUUUUCCUUGACCUACGGUGUGGGUUUCGCCGGUCUGACUGCCACCUUGGUCCAUGUCGCGCUUUACAAUGGCCGUGAGAUCAUCACCCGCUGGAAGUCUGCCCGUGACGAGAACGAAGAUAUCCAUUCCCGUCUGAUGCGUGCAUACCCCGAAGUUCCCGACUGGUGGUACGGCCUCCUGUUCGUCAUCACCUUUGGUCUCAGCAUUGUCACGGUCGAAGUCUGGCACUACAUGCCCUGGUGGGCCCUCUUCCUCGCCUUCGCCCUCGCCGCCAUCUUUGUCCUCCCCGUCGGUAUCGUCCAAGCCAUCACCAACCAGCAGCCCGGUCUCAACGUCAUCACCGAGUACGUCAUCGGAUACCUCCUCCCCGGCCACGCGAUCUCUAACGUCACCUUCAAGACCUACGGCUACAUCGUCAACCUCCAAGCCCUCAAUUUUGUCUCCGACCUCAAACUCGGCCACUACAUGAAGAUCCCCCCAAGAAUCAUGUUCAUGGCCCAACUCAUUUCUGCAAUCAUAUCCUGUAUCAUUAACCUCGGCACGGCAACUUGGCUCGUCAACACCCGCCCAAACGUCUGCACAAGGGCUGGAUACCCCUUCACUUGCCGUAACACCAACACCUUCUACUCUGCCUCCGUCAUCUGGGGCGCCAUCGGACCCGCACGCGUCUUCGGCAACAAGGACAAUGCAAUCUACUCCCCCGUCCAGUGGGGCUUCCUCGCCGGCGCCCUCCUCCCCGUCAUCUUCUGGUACGCCUCCAAACGAUUCCCAAACAUCGGCUGGCUCAAAUCCGUCCACUGGCCCGUCCUCCUCGCCGCGACUUCCAACAUGCCCCCAGCACUCCCCUACAUGUACUCGAACGGUCUCUUCGUAGGCUUCAUCUUUGCGUUCCUGUUGAGACGCUACAGAUACGAUUGGUGGUCGCGGUAUAACUACUUGACGUCUGCGGCGUUGGAUGCGGGUGUAGCAGUGGCUGGUUUGAUGAUUUUCUUUGCGGUCCAGUCCUGGGAUGGAGCGUUCCCAUUCUGGUGGGGAAACCCGGAUGAUACCAACCCGGAUGCCAAUGCUGGUGCCUUGGACCAUUGUGCCCUUGGCGGUGCCCCUUACACUGGCAAUAAUUAG